AUGCCGCUGUGGUCUCCCAGCCAAGUGCUGUUGCAAAUGGUGGUGUUAGCUGAGAUCUGCCCAGAACAGCGUCUCCUAAUAAACUGCUGGGAAUUGUUACAAACACAAAAGUUAGUGUGUUUUCAGUUAAUAAAAAACCUGAAAUGCUGUGUUUUUCUUUCCAGGAACUUCCGCUGUGACUGUGGAAAUAGCAAGUUCAAAAAUCUGCAGUGCAAGUUACUCCCAGAAAAGGGCAAGGUGAAUUCAGGAAAUAAGUAUAAUGACAAUUUCUAUGGAUUAUACUGUACUUGUAAAAGACCUUAUCCUGAUCCUGAAGAUGAGGUUCCAGAUGAGAUGAUCCAGUGCAUAGUUUGUGAAGACUGGUUCCAUGGAAGGCAUCUUGGUGCAGUUCCCCCUGAAAGUGGAGACUUUCAUGAAAUGGUGUGCCAAGUCUGCAUGAAGCACUGCCAUUUCCUGUGGGCUUAUGCAUCGCAGUUAGCAGUUCCUGCUUUGACCAAAGUGAACUCCCUUGAAGAUGAAGGGAUUGUCCUGAAGGCUGAGGAAAGUGAAGAGCCAAAAAAAGAAAUUAAAAAAGAAAGUGGAGUGGAACACCAAGAAACAAAGGAGGAAGCGCAAACAGAACAGUUUAAUGAACCAUCCACUAGCUCUGGGUCUGCCUGUCCAGAGGUAGUUACCAAGAGUGAGGAGCCAGUCUGCAAGCUGAAAGAACUCCAAAGCAAGCAAUUUUUAAUAAAAGAUACUGCUACCUUUUGGCCAUCGAACUGGAGAAGCAAAUUAUGCACCUGUGAAGACUGUUUGAAAAUGUAUUCAGAGCUUGAAGUCCAGUUCCUGACAGAUGAAUGUGACACUGUCUUGGCUUACGAAAAUAAAGGUACCAGUGACCAAGAAACAGAGAGGAGAGAUCCUUUAAUGGACACCCUUAACAGCAUGAACAGAGUCCAGCAAGUAGAACUCAUCUGUGAAUACAAUGAUUUAAAGACAGAACUGACUGACUAUCUCAGGAGAUUUGCAGAUGAGGGAACGGUGGUUAAAAGAGAAGACAUUCAGCACUUCUUUGAAGAAUUUCAGUCACGGAAAAGACGACGGACUAACCGGAUGCAGUACUACUGUAGUUAGACUGAGAGGGCUUGUGUCUGAAAGGACAACUGGGAGAACAAUAGACAUUGGCAAAGCAAAGAGGCAUCUUCAGUAGUUUGGCUUCUCAUCCAGCUGUCCAAGAAACGUCUUCAUUUUGUCUCAUACUUGUUCCUUUAUUUGUAGCGACUAAAACGUGUUCUUAACUGGUACACUGCCAUUAGAGGGAUUUUAGUGCUGAUGGGCUCCACACGGCUGCGGGGGGCAGCCAGCGCCUGCUGCAGCAAGCCCGGUUCCUGCUGAGGGGGAUCCGCGCCCUCCCCUCGGGUGGAGUUGUUGUAGCGAGGGCUCCCCGGGGUCCCGCGGGCAGGCGCCCAGGCAGGAAUGGGUUCUGGCAGGUGGGUCCCAUCCAGCGGAGGGCCCAGCGCUGCGCGCUCUCUCCAGGCGGGUGAAAAAUGGGAAAUCAGAGGGUAGGCUUGAUGCAACGGAGUGUGCUAUCUGUUUUUAUAAAUUCAAAAGCUUUCUUUCUAAUAUUGUACAGUGAUGUUUUACAUGCAAAAAAUCGUCACUUGAACUUUAUCCACUCGCUAGAAUAUAAAUAGUAUCUAGGAGGAGGUAUGAGAGUACAGCUUAGGCAGCGGGGAGGUUUGUUGUAGGACUUACUAACAUGCUUUGAUUUUAAGGACUAAUCUACUGCAAACUACUCCGUAAAUAGUUCUGAGAACACUGCAGCAUCCUGGCAUUUUUCUACAGAAUAGUGUGUGAUCUUUUUAUAAUCACUGUGAUAAUCAUGGAACAAGAUUACCACAGUGCGUCACUGACUUAAGAAUCUGCACUUAGCUACAAUUAAAUAUUGACUUUUCCUAAAUUUGGAGACUAUUGUAGUUUUUAGUUUGCCUUUACCCAAAAACAGCAGAACCUACUUUAAGAAAGUUCUAAUUUUUAACUCCUUUAUGUAGUAGGAUGAUUUCUUUACUAUGGGGUACUCAUGUUCAUGACUUUUGGGAAGGAAAUGAGACCUUUAUGUAUCAUUGUCCCUCUUACUUGUUUCUGAUCACUUUAUUUACAAAAGCUAGUUUUAGGGUAGAUGCUCACUUCAGGGGUUUGUUUCAUGCGAAAUGACUAGUUGCUUUUAAAUUUAACCCUGGGUAGUGUAUGUGCUUUUUUUGCAGCAACUGUUAAUGGGAGUUGUAACUGCCUAUCUAAUUCAUAUCUAAAAAUUAAAGAACUGUUCAGUCUGUG